AUGCUGAGACAGAGGACUCUUACCUCCGCCACGGGCAUGACCCGCUCGUUCGCUACGUCGGCGGGCGCCUCGGCCAAGAGGCUCCACCCCAACGUUUUGGGCCUCGUGAUUGGCGCUGGUGCCGUCGGUGCUGCCGCGGGUACCCUCAUCAGCCGGGCUCGCUGCUCCGACGAUGUCCUCGUGGCCCCCGCCUACCCCUGGAGCCACAAGUCCGAAUGGAAGUCCUACGAUGUGGCCAGCCUGCGUCGCGGCCACCAGGUGUACAAGGAGGUGUGCGCUGCCUGCCACAGCCUGAACUACAUCGCUUGGCGUAACCUCAUUGAGACCCUCUACACUGAAGAGGAGGUCAUCGCGAUGGCCGCCGAAACCGAGGUCGAGGAUGGACCCAACGACGAUGGCGAGAUGUUCACCCGCCCCGGCAAGCCCACCGACUACCUGCCCCGCCCCUACCCCAACGAGGAGGCUGCCCGGUGCCGAUUACAUCUUCGCUCUGCUCACCGGCUACAUGCCCGCCCCCGCUGGCCUGAACGUGAGGGAGGGCCUCUACUACAACCCCUACUUCCCCGGUGGCGCCAUCGGCAUGCCUCCCCCCCUCAACGAUGGGAUGCUCGAGUACGAGGAUGGCACCGAGGCGAGCGUGUCGCAGAUGGCCAAGGACGUGUCGGCCUUCCUGUGCUGGACCGCCCGUCCCGAGCAAGACGAGCGGAGGGUCAUGGGCAUCAAGGUCCUCAUCUACCUCGGCGCCCUCUUCGGCUGCAGCUGGUACAUCAAGAGGUUCAAGUGGUCCGUCCUGAAGAACCGGAAGGUCCAAUUCCCCGGUAA